GAAAGAGAAAGGGAGUGAGAUGCAUUGCAAGUUCAGAAACUCAACAUUGUUGAUUUUUAGAUUUGGAAGGCAAAGGUGAAGUCUACAUCAUCUUAUAAGCAAUUACAGAUAGGUUUUCCAGAUAGACAGGUAGAUAGAUAUGGCCACUGACCAGGACAUGGAAACUUGUGAGAGCGGCUUGCAACAAGAGACAAGAGAGCCUCUCAUACAAUAUGGAGAAGAUGGUGACAGAAAAAGCACCAAUGAACAUCUAUGGAUGGUUUACUUGAGCACAUUUGUGGCUGUUACUGGCUCUUUUGAAUUUGGAUCUUGUGUAGGUUUUUCAUCGCCAGUUGAGUCCGACAUAAGGACAGAUCUGAAACUAUCAAUAACAGAGUAUUCCGUGUUUGGCUCUAUCUUGACUUUUGGAGCAAUGCUUGGUGCAAGCACAAGUGGCACAAUUGCUGAUUUUCUUGGUCGGAAAGCGGCAAUGAGAAUGUCAGCCAUUUUUUGCAUUGUAGGCUGGCUUGCUGUCUACUUCGCCAAGGGAUACUUAUCACUGGAUAUUGGGAGACUGUGCAUGGGAUAUGGAAUGGGAAUCUAUUCCUAUGUGGUACCCAUUUUCAUAGCUGAAAUAGCACCCAAAGAUCUUCGAGGAGGCUUGACGACAAUCAAUCAGCUUAUGAUCUGCACUGGAGUAUCUUUUUCCUUCAUUGUAGGCGCAGUUCUAACAUGGCGAACAUUGGCUCUAAUUGGAAUUAUUCCAUGUUUGGCCAUGGUUGUGGGCCUAUUCUUCAUUCCAGAGUCUCCAAGAUGGCUAGCAAAGAUGGGACAUCGGAAAGAAUUUGAAGCUGCUCUACAGAAACUCCGUGGCAAGGAUGCCGACAUUUCUCAAGAAGAAGCUGAAAUUCAAGAUUAUAUAGACACUCUUGAAAAGCUCCCUAAAACCAAAAUGUGGGAUUUGUUCCAAAAAAGAUACUCCCGUUCAGUCAUGGUUGGAGUCGGACUAAUGGUCAUUCAGCAAUUUGGGGGAAUCAAUGCAGUGUGCUUUUACACGAGCCAAAUUUUUUUAUCUGCAGGAUUUCCUACCAAAGUUGGAACUGUAUCUUAUGCUUGUAUUCAGGUUGUAAUAACUAUAUUCGGUGUAUUCUUAAUGGAUAAGGCUGGAAGAAGACCCCUUUUAUUGGUUUCUACUGCAGGGUUGGUCCUUGCCUGUUUACUAGUUGCGGCUUCCUUCUUUCUGCAGGUCCAUGAAUUGGCACCUGCAGCAGUUCCUGGACUUGCUGUAUCUGGAAUACUGGGGUACAUAGGAUUUUUCUCAGUUGGAAUGGGGGCAGUUCCUUGGGUUACAAUGUCUGAGAUAUUUCCUAUAAAUAUUAAAGGAGUGGCUGGCAGCAUGGCAACAUUGGUGAACUGGAUUGGAGCAUGGACAAUUUCUUUUACUUUUAACUUUCUUAUGGCAUGGAGCUCUUAUGGUACCUUCCUCCUCUAUGCAGCAGUUAAUGCACUAAGUAUCCUGUUUAUAGUCAAGUAUCUGCCUGAAACAAAGGGGCGAACCCUAGAACAAAUUCAAGCUGACAUUAAUAAAUAGAGGAAUGGACAACCCAACAACCCAAGAAAGAAAAAGAGCUAGAGUUUGUUUAGAGAAGCUGCUAUUGUUAUCUUUUAGAGAAGCUGCUAUUGUUAUCUUUUCUUUUCUUUUUCUUUGAUAGAUGGGUCCUAAGGAUCCAUGUAGCCGACUGUUUGAGAUUUUAAAUGUUACCGCAAGCGUACGGAUCAGUGUA